CCACGCGGCGUUCAAAACAUUCCGAAAUUAUUCAUGAUAAACAAAAUUGCCCAUAACUUGCGACAUUCUCCUGAACUUGACAUAGAAAGCGAGACCUCAACUUUCGCACCAGGAAGAAAAUUGGAAACAUGCGAGAUUCGAGAGAGGGACCAGCAUCUCGCGUGUAGAAGAGAAACUCUCAUCUCCGUUGAAUUUCACCGAAAGAAUUACGUUCAGUUUCAGUAUACCGAGGAACACUAUUACGAUCGGUCGACGAUGAGUUUUACGGUGAAACCUAUCGAGGGAGAGUACGCGGAAAAGCUGGACAGGGCGUUCGGUGUGAAAAACGCGGUUUUCGAGUACAACCCCGGAAAAUGCCUCAUGCCCAUCUAUUUUUCCGAAAUAGCGCAACAAGUGUUAGACGCUCCCAUCAGAGAGGAUGACGUUUGGUUGAUCAGCUUUCCUAGAACUGGAUCUACGUGGUGCCAAGAAAUGAUAUGGGCUAUUGGAAAUAAUUUCGAUUUUGAGACAGCAAAGAACACAGUGCAGCAAAUAAGAGCGCCGUUGAUAGAGUUGUCCACUGCUCUAGCCGAAUAUUACGACACGUUAGGAGCCCUCAUUGGAAAUUCCGUUGAAUAUGUCGCUAACCAGCCGUCUCCACGAUACAUCAAAAGCCACUUACCAUUCCCAUUACUGCCAACACAACUGGACAAGAUAAAACCAAAAAUUAUCUACACUGCCAGAAACCCGAAGGACCUGUGCGUCUCCUAUUUCCAUCACUGCAAGAUGUUCCACAACCUCAAUACGACAUUCGAAGAAUUCUGCGACCUCUUCAUCAACGAUCACACCCCUCUGGGCUCUAUCUGGACUCACUAUCUACCUUUCUGGAACAAGCGACACGAAACGAACAUACUAUUCUUGAAGUACGAGGAUAUGAAGAAAGAUUUCAGAGGAACUGUUCGAAAACUGGCAGAUUUCAUGGAGAAAUCUAUAACGGAAGAACAGAUUGACAGUCUUGAAGAUUUCUUGAGUGUCGAUAAAAUGAGGGAGAAUAAGGGGUGCAAUUUGCAAAUUUUGAUAGACACGAAACGUGGAAAAGACUACUACAAAAAAUCUGGACAACAUUUCAUAAGAAAAGGUGAAGUUGGUGAUCAUAUAAAUCAUAUGAGCCCAGAAAUGAUCAAGAAGUUCGAUGACUGGAUAGCUCUCAAUACAAAAGGAACGGGUUUAACCUUUGAUUAAUUUAUAUAUUUUUUUAAUUUGACCUGGAAAUGACGUUACUUUUGAUUUUACUUGUAUUCAUCAUCACUUGAUCAUUAGUGAAGUACAAAUUUUCU